AUGGGCGUAGAUGAAAUUCCUCAAAUACAAAUAGAACUAGAUAGUAAAUCUGUUGAUUCUUCUUCAAGUCUUGACGCACAGGAUAUUGAAAUCCUAAGUUUAUACGUCGAAUCUAUUAUAUCAAACAAAUCUUAUUCGAGCAUAAAUUUAACGUCCACAUCUUUAGUGAUAAAAACCAAAACGAUAGAUUCUACAUCCGAGAAUGGUGAGAUCAAUUCAUCAAAACCAAAGAAAAAUAAGAAUUUCAUUGAAACGGUUAAAAAAUUUUCAUUUAAACAAUCAGUCAUUAAAUUAUAUCGAAACAAGGAAAAAGUUCAACCUUUUAUUCCAAAUGAGAAGCAAAAACAAAGAGAAAACGCAUUCUUAGGAUAUUAUGAAUGCUAUAGCGCCGGUCAUCCAAAGUUAUCGAUUCCAAAACUUUCUUUAUCCACGGCUAGGAUUGAUUUACAUAACAGUAAAAUCUUGGAAGCCAAGCAUUUAGUCCUUAUGAAAAUUAAACAAUCCCCACAAAUAGGAAAUGCUUCAAUAUUUUUCAUUACGGGAAAGCACGAUAAGAUUGAUGGUGGUUCAGAAUAUUCUGGUAAAAUGUAUAAUUUAUUUCCUGAGUGGAUGCAAGAUGACUCUAUUAAAUGUUUGAUAGAUGAAGAUCCUGUGCGAGGAGUUGGAACUUAUGAGGUAUUUAUCAACAAACUUGAAAAGGAAAACGAUGAAAUCACUGAUGAAACCUUAAAAGAUUGGGAAAAAAAAGCAAAACAAAAAAAAGAUGUAACAUAUAAAAUUGCCUUGGCGGGAUUUUACCUGAAAGGUAAUAAAGAAGAUCAUAAUAAGGCUAGAAGGUUUUACGAAGAAGCUGCAAAGUUAAAAUCACUUGAAGCGAAAUUAUGUUUAGGAUUUAUGUACUCCAUUGGAAAAACUGAUUACAGCCCAAAGAAGGCUGAAAAAUUAUUUAUGGAAAUAAUAAACUCAAAGAACUCGAAGAAUAGAAAUAUAUUGAUUUAUAGGAGGAUAGCGAUGAGAAAUAUGGCAAUAUUGUAUCACAAUAGUCAUGUAUUAGAAUCCUUUAAGCUAAAAAAUUUAUUAAAAUCAUCAAAUUUAAAAACCGCUAUAAAAUGGUAUAAAAAAUCUUUGGAAAUGGGAGAUGGACAAUCCGGAUAUCUUCUUGGAUUGCUUUAUGAAAGUAAUAGUAAUAAUGGAAUUAAAGAGGAUAAGGAUGAAGCAGAAAAAUGUUUUGGUGAAGGCGCAAAAUUAAAUAAUUUAUAUGCUAAAGCUAAAUUUGGAAGAAUUUUAGUUAAUAAAAAAGAAGGUGUAAACAAGAAUGAAAGAAAGAAAGGGAUUCAAAUGUUAAAAGAUACGGCAAAGAAAGGAUUGGUUAUGGGUCAAACUUUUCUUGGAGAAUUUUAUGAGAAGGAGAAAAAUUAUGAAGAAGCCGUUAAAUAUUAUUCGAAAUCUGCUAUGCAAAAUCGUGGAUAUUACAGUCACGUUGCACAAUAUCGUAUUAAAGAGUUGUACGCCGAGGACUUUAUUUCAAAGUUUGAAAAUCUCAAAUAUAUAUUAAAUUUAUAUGAAAAAGAAUUAAAGUAUUAUUAUAACGGUGACGAUGAGAUUCUUAAAAAGAUUCACUAA